GGAGGGAGGGAGGGAGAGCAUCGCCGCCAUGUUCCUGACCGUGUACUGUGUGCGGCGGGACCUGAGCGAGCUGACCUUCACUCUGCAGGUGGACGGCGGCCUGGAGCUCGAGACGCUGCGGGCCCUGUGUGAGCUGGAGAGCGGCGUCCCCGCGGCCGAGAGCCAGAUAUUAUUUGCAGAGCAUGCGCUGACAGACAAUCGCCGGACACUGGAAGCGUAUGGACUGAAGGAUGGUGAUGUGGUUGUCUUGCGUCAAUUGGAUAGACCACAGGUGCAGACUGGCCUGCAGCUCCCCGGGGCAUCGGGACUUCCCAGGAUUGACUUCAGUAGUAUAUCAGUGCCUGGAGCUUCGGUGCCAAGCAGACCACCCACUGGAACGUCUGUCCAGCAGCUGCCAAAUCCAGCCUCCACCAGUGCUACCAGCUCUCCGCCCCCUGUUCCAACCCAACAUGGAUUGGAAAAUAACCCAACAUUACUAAGGGACAUGCUUUUAGCAAACCCACAUGAGCUGUCCCUGCUCAAGGAGCGUAACCCUCCUCUUGCUGAAGCAUUGCUGAGUGGAGACCUAGAGAAGUUCACCAAAGUGCUGCGCGAGCAACAGUCAGAGCGAGCCCGCCGUGAGCAGGAGCGGAUAAGACUUCUAAACGCUGACCCCUUUGACCUCGAGGCUCAGGCUAAGAUUGAGGAAGACAUCAGGCAGCAGAACAUUGAGGAAAACAUGACAAUCGCAAUGGAGGAAUCGCCGGAGAGCUUUGGCCAAGUAGUGAUGCUGUACAUCAACUGCAAAGUCAACGGCCACCCAGUCAAGGCCUUUGUGGAUUCAGGAGCACAGAUGACAAUCAUGAGCCAGGCCUGCGCUGAGAGGUGCAACAUCAUGCGACUGGUGGACAGGCGGUGGGCAGGCAUCGCUAAAGGCGUUGGCACACAAAAAAUCAUUGGCAGAGUUCAUCUGGCCCAGGUGCAAAUUGAAGGUGACUUCCUGCCAUGCUCCUUCUCUAUCCUGGAGGACCAGCCAAUGGACAUGUUACUUGGACUAGACAUGCUAAAAAGACACCAGUGUUCCAUUGACCUGAAGCGGGAUGUGGUGGUGAUUGGCACAACAGGAACAGAGACCCGGUUUCUGCCUGAGGCGGAGCUCCCCGAGUGUGCGCGACUGGCAUAUGGCAUCCCACGCGAUGAUCUCCGUCCUGAGGAGAUGGCAGACCAGGAGCUCGCUGAAGCGUUACAGCGAUCUUCAGAGGAAUCGGGAAACGAAAAUGGCAAAACUACCUCAUUGGAAACCCCUUCAUUACUGACACCUCAUCCUAAUCUCCCUCUUCCCACGACGGGAACUGGUGAAUUUCAAGCCCCUUAUAGUCAAAGUCAGUUGGACCAUUCCGUUUCCGUCCCUGCUAGCCUUCCUUUACCAAAACAGAAUGAAUCUGAUUUUAGAAGAAGAGAAGACCUUCAGAUGCCUGAGUGUGCAGAAACACAGGCAGAAAAUCAGCUCCUGCCGGGACCUUCACAGUGUCUUUCUGACCAUCUGUUGGCUCUGCCGUCUCCUGAUCAUCUGUCUGUUCCUUCUCAGGCAACGUUAAGAGGAAAGCAUACACCACACCCAGAAACCCUACGCAGCAGCUCACAAAACCCCUCAAGACAGCUGAAUACAGAUACUGAUGAAACGUCUGUGCCAAAAUCUUUCUUGCCUGAUAUAACACAUCCGCGUGAGUUUGGCAAGGAAACGAGAGAUUGUUCUGUUCCGAGUGUCAGAGCAAAGCCUCAGCUGGAAUCUCCAGGUGAAGAAGGUUGUGAUUUGGAGGCAGCACCAAUGAGACAAAUUGAGGAUAUUUCUUCAGACGCUCAGCCAUAUCCUGAUCCCACUAAAUCAAGCCAAACCGCCUCGCCUCAAUUGACUCUGGGUGACUGCUCCUCCAAUGAUCACCAUUUGCAAGAGCAUGUUGACUCUGACAAGGGUGCUGAUGGCGACCUUCUUGAAGAGGCGACUGAGCCAUUGGUAAUGGACCUUGAAAUACACGAGAGAGAUCUGAAUAGCUGCUGUGAGAAAACUGCAGUUUGUGAACGAACGUCUACUGGAAAUUCAAGUAGAACGGCUGAGUGCUUUGACGCUGUAAUGGAGGUGAGUGCCACUGACCAACAAGCGGAGGAGAGCGACACAGCUACAGAGAUGGACAGCAGUGACCCAAAAGAAGGAAGAGUCAUGGAUUCAGAUCAGGACAAUACUCUACGGAUGGAAUUUGAGGAAACAUUCUUGAAGAACAGCUCCAGUUCGGCAGCAAAUAAUUCUGGUGAGGUUAGCAGCAGAAGUCACAAAGGAGAAGCUGCUCAGAGUAGUGAUGAAAUGCAUGUUGAUGCCCAUUUGUCCACAGAUAUGAAACCUCCCUCUCAACAAGGUACCCCAUUGGCACCAGACUGUGAUCCAAAUGAUUCCUCUCUCUCACCUGUAGCUGCUUUGAUCGAGUUGCAUCAGCAAUUAGUCUCCAAAUGUCAUGAAGCUGACUUCAAUGUAUCAGCCGCUGAGGGGAUCAUCUGCCGGCCAGAAGCUGUCAGUCAGGGAGAGCGUGUUCAGCCGAUGGAAGCAUGUGAAGAAUCGCUGACUGAUGGUGGCACAGCAAGCGAGAUGUGUCACAGUGCAGAGCAGCACAUUGAAGUGAUGGAAGUGGCAGAGCAAGAUCCUUCUGAAAAAAGGGAUGAAGAUAUGGAGUGUUCCGAUCGCCCAGCUCCACAAGUCGUCUCGGAGGUCAGGCAAGAUGCCCAAGAUGUGGCCCAGGAGAUUUUGACACGAGAAGCUGAGCACGAGGCUGUGCCACCUUCUGUGCUUGUGUCCGAGAACAUGACCAAGCAAGCGGACGUCCCCCCAGCCAAGGGGAUUCCAGAAAACCAACCAACAUCUCCAAAGAUUGGUUCGGGAGAUGUGGUGCGUACGCCUGCGUCUGCAACAGAUAAUAAUGACGGCCAGAUUUCUCAGCACACUGCUGCAGAGCUGCAGGUGCCUGAUAUUGCACUGUGCUCCUCGGAGAUUUCAGCAGCUAGGAUGCCUUGGGAAAGGACCAUGGAAGCAAACGUGGAUGAGCCCAAUACAUAUUGCAGGGAGAGCAGCCCUCUUGACCGAGGGCCCACAAUUCCUUCACUGCCGAUUUUCCCAGCUGCUAAUAUUGAACAAAUAAGAAGAUCAGGAUUUACUGAGCAAGAAGCCAUCGAGGCCCUUGAGCGGUCUGAUGGCGACACAGAGUUAGCUCUUCUGCUGCUUCUAGCCAGACAGAUUGUGGUUCCUGUCUGAAGCUGGUUAAUAGGAAUCGGUGGACACAAGUGAAACUGUUAUUUUUAAAGAUGUGGUCUUAUGUAGCCUGGUCUCAAAGUUUAAGAUUGUGUGGAAUUUUGGCAAACCCUCAAAUUCAAUCUUAGUCAAUUCACUUUUACAGUAUAUCGCUGUGAAGUGCUGCGAGACCUCUCAACGACGUGAUAAGGUGCUAUAUCAAAUGCAAGGAUUAUUACUGUUGUUAAUAAUUUGGAAGCCAGUUGAAACAUGCUGUGUGGAAAGCCUGAUUUUUAACUUCAGUUUAAGAAAUUUCCAAAAUUCUGCACAACACUAAAUUUUAAGACCACCUCCUUAAGACUGAUUUCAGGUCUUCAAUUCUACAUCUGAUCAUGUUCCACGCUCAAGUCAGAACCCAUCACCUUUGCAUCUGUUUGGAACUUACUGUCUGUACUGUUGUCAUUAGUCACCAACAAACUGCUUGUGAUGAAGUACCAUUGUGCUGGAGGUGCCACUCUACAGUAAUUAUUCCACUCAGAAAAUUUUAAACUUAUCCGACAACCGUUUGUCUCCAUUUGUCCCACCACCAACUACAUACAAUCUGUAACAGUAAUUAAAACCACUUGUUUUUAAAAGGAUAGCAAAAAUACAUAGCCCGUUUGAACACUUGGAAAAUGAGCUACACUAUUAUUAUUUGUGCUGAGUCAGGUUUUAUCCUUUAGAUUUUGGGUUUGUUCGUGCGUUUGGCAUAAGCUUGAGAAGAUGUGGGAAGGUCCAUCCUUAAUAUCCUUCAUCGGGAGUUUAUCACCAAAAUGUUGGAUCUUCUUCUCGUAAAUCUCUCAGCAAACCUAUCGAGACACAUUCGGUAUUCAGAGUUGGCGAGGAUUGUUUUGAAGGCGUUUGUCCUUUCUGGUGCGUGAUUAUGAACAGCCGCUUGAUGGGAUAUCUGGUCUUUGUUUUUCUCUUUUUUUAAACCAAAUAAAAAAAAGAAAAAUCG